AUGUGCUUCCAGGUAGAACUGGCUAACGUGGAAGCAUCAGCUGUUGAUGCCCUCGUAAAGUAUUGCUAUUCUGGAGACAUAAAUAUCAGUGACACCAACGUAUUGAGCAUUCUGCCCGCAGCUCGUAUGCUGCAGUUGGACCAAGUUGAAGAGUUGUGUUGUGAAUUUCUCAAAAAACUGUUGGAGCAGUCCAGUUCCUCCGUAAUGGCACCAGUUCCUGACAGUAGAUCAUGUCCUGAAGCUGACGAGAAUACCUUGCACAACUUCGAGGUUCCGCAGCUGGUGGACCAGGUAGGACUCAGCUCUACGGUAUCUCUCGACGACACGGCCAGUAAUGAUGCAGUAGAGAAUGUGGAUAUCGCUCGUGGAGAUCUUGGCGAUAGAAUUAAGGAGUUAUGUUAUCACUUUCUCAAAAAAAGUUUACAGCCAUCCGGUUCCUCCGUAGUACAACUGGUUGCUGACAGUAGUCGGUGUCCUGCUGCUGACAAGAAUAUCUUGCAAAAAUAUCUUGAUACCUUAAAGGAGUAUCGUGAGCACCUAGUUACUCGAUACGAAUCGACUGUAAGAUCAUUGGAGCAGCAGUGCUACGGCGAAUGA